UGUUGGAUGUCGCGUAAGGCGGGAUUUUCCUAUUGGGUGCUGUAACAUGAUUCCAAGCUUAUUGCUCUUCAUAUGUUACGCUUUUGGUGUUAGUGCUAUUUAUGAGGACCAAGUUAAUGUUUUUGAUUGGCUUCAGAAGUACACCGGGAAAGUGCGGUACUCAAAAAUAAGAUUUGAUGGAUACACGCCGAAAAGCUAUUACAUCGGUUCUGAGCUUAAUGUAAUAAGUUCUGUCAGUUUAAAGGACGGAUCACUCGCUUGGCGACAGGUUUUGGAAGAGGGUGGCACAUUGAUUGCAUUUGAGUUAUGUGACAAUAGGUUGUUCUCGAUUUCCUCUAAGGAUGGAACAAAGCUACGCGCAUGGGACGCAAAAUCUGGCAGCAUCUUUUGGGAGGCUUCACUGGAUUCUUCUGAGUCACAUAGUGGGAAUAUUUGGUGUGGUGGAUCCAGAGAUGUUCUGGUUGUGGUAUAUGAUGGUGGGGUUGAUGUUUAUCGUCCUCGAACUGGUGAAAAGUUAUCAUCUGAAAGAAACAAGAAUACGGAUGUUGCUGGUCGAACAAAUAUAUUAUCUGAAAAAUUGGAUUCUAAUCAUUUAGUCUCAAUAGUUGAGGAUUACUUUCAUAAAGACGUACGUCAUAGUAGUGGAGCUGCAGCGUUGUCCUAUAUUGUUAUCAAAACAUACACACUUCCAAGUUCUGGAUCUCAGUUAAUUCCUAUGAAUUCUAAGAAUUACACGAUACAUUCACCAACUUAUACUCAAGACUCGUGCAACAUAGUCAAAUUGUAUCAAGGAUUUGAUAAUAAAAACAAAAAUAACAAUCCGGCUGAAGCCGUUCUUGUCUGUUUAGCUUCUGAGGGUGGCAGUAGCAGAAAUUGGCUUAGAUUUUCAUCCAUGUCAUCAUCAUCUUUAAAUUGGAAUGUUAUCGCAAUAAACAACGUGUCACCACGUAUGAUUAUGUUAACAGAUGAAUAUUUUCUGUUGACCUCUUCUUCACUGGGAUCUACUGGUGGAGCCGUAUAUUAUAUAAAUUCCUCUGGUACUCCAGUCGCAAAAUAUUCAGUCGAUAAUGCUAUGAUAGGAUGUUUGGGAACUUUGAGUAAUCGGUCAUAUUUAUUCAUACUACAUCAUUAUCCAGAUCAGGAUUUCAAAAAUCUGGCGCUUAGUGUUUAUGACUUAGAAUCUGGAGAGUUGUUUAAAGAGCUAGCACCUCGUCAUUUCACACUGGCUGGUCAUCAUGGUGCAAUUGAGUCGAUGUCUAUCAUCAUGUUUACUGAUGCUUCUGGAGCUCCAAGUUUCCGUUUACUGCUGUACACAGAAGACAAUGCCGUUCAACUAAUCAGACAAAAUGGUAAACAACAGUGGAUUCGUGAAGAAGCAUUAGCCAAUAUAGUUGCUGUAGAAGUAGUCGAUUUACCUGUUUCAGAAUUUCAAGCCAAAAUUGAAGAAGAAUUCGGUCAUGCUAGUAAUAACAUAUUGGAAAUGUUUGUUCGUCGGUUGAGAACACAAAUUUCGCAGUUAGCUGUAUGGAUGAAACAUUGGCUUUCUCAUAUGCCUCAACUGUUCAUGACUCUACUAUCUUCACCUAACUUGUCAGCUUCUCUUUUCAAACACUCACCUGAUAAUAUACGUAGUCGUAAACUAUCGUCACAGCAGUACUCAUCAAAUGAUUUCAUGUCAAAUAGCUAUUCAAACAGCCUACCUCCUAGAUGGCAGUUUUCAUCAGAUGAUACGAUAUCAACUAGUAAUUACACUGAUAGUGGCAUUAAUAAUGAACACAAUGAUAAAACAAAUCCUCAGAAAUUAACCUCAAUAAAUCCUAAAAUAACAUGGGAUGAAAUGCUUACCCGUGAUAAUUUUAAUGUACACAAAAUGUUGGUUGUAGCAACAUCAGUCGGUAAACUUUUUGGAUUAGAAAGUGACCGUGGUCGCGUUGUUUGGGAUUAUUUUGUACCAUCUACGGCUCUUUUAGCCAAUGGAAAACUUGCUCUUUUUCAGCAGCGUAAUUUGGCUCACUUUCCUCUACCUCCUGUCAUGACUCUGCUGCUUAGAUCGAAGACGACAAAUCGCCCAGUUAUUUUCUCAUUUAAUCCAAUAACUGGUGUUCCUUCACGGGAAGCGGGCAUGAACAUGUAUUCCAUGAAGUCGGAUAUUAUACAAGCUGUUUUGCAUCCUGGUCCCAUAAGCGAACGGUGCGAAUUCAUUAGACCUUUGUUGUUAGUGAAAACUGAUUUAAAUGUCGAAGUGUUUCCAACCAACUGUGUUCCUGCAAUUGCCUCAUCCGAUUCAACACCUUUAUAUAUUUACACUGUUGAAAGUGAAAAAGCUCGUCUUUCUGGUUAUCGUGUACUUCCACAGUCGUCAAGCGAUAACUCACUCAGAGCCACAUGUGUCUGGCGAAUGCUGUUGAGCUCAGAUUCGAGUCCAGAUAACAAGCAUGUUAUUGUCGCUGCAGCUUCUCGACCAUCUUCUGAACAUAUUUAUUCAGUUGGACGAGUCUUGGGUGAUCGAAGUGUUCUGUACAAGUAUUUGAACCCAAACUUGAUUGCAGUUCUUACUACUGGUGGACAUAUUGGCAAUCAAACAAAUACUGUAAUGCUUUACCUAAUUGAUGUAGUUGCUGGCAGGAUAUUGCACAGUGCUGUACAUCGUCGAUGCUCUGAGCCUAUCAGUUUGGUGCAUUCAGAGAACUGGGUUAUUUAUACUUACUACAACCACAAAUCACUACGUAACGAAGUGACAGUAAUAGAACUAUAUGAGCCAACAAAACUAUCUGGGGAAUUAUGUGCCAGCCAUUCAAUUCCAAGUCCUGGGCAAUUAUUCCUCAGUAAUCUUAUCCCCUCAUGGUUAUCUAAUCCUAGUUCACGAGCAUCAGUUUCAAAAACCACUUCUGAUUCAUCUGGUUCGCGUUUCUCAUCCUUAUUUCGUGCUAGUGAUGUCGAUGGAUUCUGUGGUUCAACAGGCGAAAAUUCUUUAGUCCCCCAAGUUUUCCAACAAUCCUAUAUACUUAAUACUCCACCACGUAGUGGUGCAGUAGCGGUUUCUAUUACUGACAGAGGGAUAACUUCUAAGAAUAUAAUAUUCGCUUUACAAAAAAACAGUCUCAUCGAGCUACCAAAGUCGUUCUUCGAUCCGCGUCGUAGUCUGGAUAUUACUCCUGAAUUAAUGUAAGCUUAUUUUCAAACAGAUAAUUCUGUUUGGUAGUGUUUAUAAGUAUUAUGAUUAGGUGUACAAAGUUCAUUGGAAAGGUGAAACAUUAAUGAUACACAUUUGGCUUACUAAACACAUAUGAUAUAUAUAACCGAUGCUCACAACCAUCGUCAUUCAAUCAUUAUACAGUGAAUCAAAGCUCUCGACGUUUUUCAGAUUCUUUCAGUUAUGCUGACAUUUACAUCGCUGUGAUAUAAAUCUAUAUAACCGUGUUUCAUGCCUCUACAUCUAAAAGCUGACUAAAUAACUAAUAAAAUCAACGUAGAACCUUGCACACAAGUGCAUCGGCUCAAGUUGUCACAUUUCACAACAGUACACAGAACAGGUGAAUAGAAUAAGAGUGAUAUCAACGUAGACAGUUGUGUGAAAGAACAAACAAUCUGAAGAUAAAGGGAAGAAGGUGUUCAUCCGUAUGCGCCUGUACUUCCACUCUCUGAUCAAGCUAUGAUUUCAUAUAAUCAAUCGGUAAUGCGGAUUCGAGCUAUACGUACAGCGCCUACAGGUCUUGAAUCCACUGGAUUAGUAUUUGCAUAUGGACUUGAUGUAUUUUUCACUCGAAUAUCUCCAUCACAAACAUACGAUUUACUCAAAGAAGACUUUGAUUACACUGCAAUAGCAACUGUUACGUUGGGUAUGAUAGUUGCUUCGAUUAUCUCGUAUCGUCUCGCUAACAGACGCUUAGUAUUUAGAGCAUGGGCCUAAAAUUGUUUUCUACUUCUAUGCGGGUUUUUUUUUCCUUCUCUACUGUUUAUGAAAUAGCUAGUGCAUUCUUGUAACUUGUCUUACCUUUGUUCCCCUUAUUUGUACUCGUUUUUUUAUUGCAUAAUUCUGUACAUGUAUAAAUAUGCAUCUGCAUUCAUAUUUAUAUUUCGGUUUUAUUCCAGUGAUAUAUUUUGAUACUGUACUCAUCUGAGCGUUGUUUUUUUUUAAUCAUUAUAUACUGAAAUUAUUCAGAAUUCUCAUUCCAAUUCGAAAGCCAUUUUAGUGAUGAAGAAUAUUCUUUUCGAUAAAUUCUUCUUUGGCUUCAUCCAGUUAUAUUUACAUAUUGAAGAAUUAUACAUCAACAAUAUUGAGAUUUUGAUGAUCAGUUUGUUAAUGAUAUCAAAGAGUUUAAGAAGACAAUUCAGAUAGGUCCUGGGUAAAUUUUUAUGACAGAAUCAGUUGUUAUCAGGACUCGAUGCAAAAUAAUUGAUUAUUUAAACGAGUAUACAGCUUGUGUAACACCAUGGUGUGAUAGUUUAAUAAAACAAUAGUAAGACGUUUAUGAGAGCUGGAUGAAAUAAAGUAAGAAAGAUAGUUUGAGGAAUAAUAGUUUGAUAGAAUGUUACUCACGUUGAAGGACAAAAUAGAUCAAGCGAAUUUAAAGGUGACGUUCUCAGCGAGAUAUUAAUUCGCAAACGACUCAGAUCAAUUUCAAAGCUAGUAAACUACAAAGUUCGUUUUCCACACUCCCAAUGGUGACACUGAGACUGAAAGGUGAUUUUCUAAUACUGGCCACUUCCAGCUCCACUGCUCCUGUAGAGCCAGUUACAUUGCCCCCUGUCCAAUGAAUUUAAUUUCCGUGCUCGCUAACACCUUCCAGUGUGGUUAAGACCAUUACCAGCUCCAUAUUAGCAUAUUUAGUUGGAACGAACCAUAGGGUGGAUAUGAAUGAGUCGUUGUCCACUCCGUACUGUGUUCCCAUCAACCUUCCAAAAGGUAAACGGCUGAGGAUCCUUCAAACUGCAGAAGCCGUAGCAAUCAGGAUCAAACAACCUGAGGUAUGUGUUCAAAAGAAGCACUUGUUGGCGCUACAACUACUGUGGGCCAGUUUGAAACUCAAAAAUUCAUUACCAUCCUACCCCUGAUAAUCUAGUUCCAUACGGUAGAUACCCCUUCAUCUCUAUAGUCUGAAAUAAUUUUUAAAAAUCCUCCCAACCUACGUUGUAUCUCAAAAUGAGUAGCAUCCUAUCAACCUAUUAUUCCUUCUAUUAUCUUAAUUUAUUUCAUAAGCACCUUCCAACCGUUUUACUAAGCUAUCACUUGUUAGCAUUACCUACGCAGUAUAAUCGUUUAGAUAAUGAAUUAAUUUGCAUUGAAUCCCAGUAAUGAUUGAUUUUAUCAUUAGUGUUGAUAACAAUACGUUUCUAAAUUGACUUCCUCAGCUGUAUAAUGUUAACGAACUGAUAAGCAAGAUCAAAAUAUUGUUAACGCCUAAUUUCUCAAUAUGAACAUACAACUGAAGAAGUUAUCGAAAAGAAUAUUUAUGAAAAUGUUUGAAUAGACAAGUGAUGUAAAAUUGACGUAGUGGUGUUAUAACCUUCACAAAAUUGUAUCACAUGUGAUCAAAAAAAUAAUAAAUCAGUAAAGUAAGUG